AUGGCUUCUAACGAUACGUUUCUCAUCGGCAUUAUCGGUAGUGGUCCUAUCGGUCUUGAAUGUGGUUUGCGUGCGCUCCAAUACGGCUAUCGGUUUGUUAUCUUUGAAGCUGGCGACGAUAUCGCAAACAACGUACGUUCCUGGUCCCAUGUCCGAUUAUUUACACCGUUGAACAUGAAUAUGUCAUCACUGGGUCGGACUCAUGUGGAGCCGAACGAUGAUGAUAGUACAUACCUGACCGGCGACGAGUACAUCGAGCGCUAUCUACGUCCCAUCAGUCGCCACCUGCAACCAAAUAUACGACUACGUCAUAGAGUCAUUUCUGUCGGUCGCCAUGACAUCAACAGAUUCGUUAUUCUUGUAGAAAAUGGACAGAUCAAUCGUGAAGAAUACAUGUUGUUGGACUGCGUCAUCGAUGCGAGUGGUACGUACGGCUGCCCAAAUUUUGCCGGCCCUGGCAGGUUACCGGCCAUUAACGAACGAGCCUUGCGUAUGGCGGCGUCACCACUCAUCAGCUAUCGAGUGCCCAGUGAGCGCGAUGAACAUCUUGCAGGCAAACGAAUUCUUCUCAUAGGCAAAGGUUAUAGUGCGGCCACGUCUGCCGUUUUUCUAGAUUUACCUAUUACUUAUUUGCAUAGUUCAAAAGUUUCACCAUUACAACUCCUACUUGAUGAAGAGUUAUUGAUUUUUCAUUUGUGA